AUGGCCGCUGCUGACAUAGCGCAGCCUUGCCGGUUGUUGAGCCUGCCAGACGAGUUGAAACUGCACAUCGUCAACUAUCUCGAUGUGCGCAGGGAUCUCUACAACGUGUCGAGAACAUGUCGUACUCUCGAGGACACAACCAUGGCUCGCCUCUAUCACGAUGUGGACCUGAGUUUAUCGGAAGCCAAAGCCUCGGGCACACCCCUUCUCCGGGCUCCAGUGACCCAAUCUGUUCGACAUAUCACGCUGAGGAACGAGAGAACGAGGAAGAGAGCCACGGAGAGUCCAUCCCAGCAUGAGCAGGUGAACCAGUUGCUGGACAUCAUACCUGCAGGCCGACUGAUCAGCUUUUUGUUGCUCCAUCAUACUGCCCUAACGGCGCAGACUCUGGAACUCCUCAUACAUCGCCACGGGACCACUCUGCAGUCUCUCGCUUUCUGCGAGCUCGCUUCGGCGCUGGAACCGACCGUCGUCCCCUCGAACCUGACCAGCCUUGAAUGCAGGACUAUCAACGAUGGAGAGGGAGUCGAGAAGAUAAUGUCAGCAAACACAAAUACCUUGCAAAGGAUAUACUUGGGACAGGAAAAGCCGCUGCUGAUGGGCUAUCACCGCUCCAGAUUUGGCUCCUUGGAGCGGAUCCCACAGCCAAAGGACACAUUCUUCACCGCGGCUUUUGCUGUGGGAAACAUGCCACGCCUGCGCGACCUCUCACUCUCUGGCAUUGACUUGAUUCCCCUUCGACCCUCGUCAAUCCCUCAGAUCGAGUUCUUCUGCUGCCUCGAACGCCUUUCCUUGGAGUCUUGUCCCGGCACCGCCGAGUUUCUCGACCUAUUAGCCACGGGCUUUGGCUGGGUGACACACUCACCAGAUGCUCCUCAGAACCCGCGCACCCUUCCAUCACUGAAACACUUUUUCUUGCGGCACGAAAGUCCUACGGCCGCGCUCAAAGACGCCCUGGUUCACUUCACCACCUCAUUCACUGGUCUCCAAACGCUGUCGUUGCUCUUCGAAAAUGCAACCAUCCUCGAGCGCCCUUCGACUCUGAUCGCCGGACACGGCCCUACACUGCGCACACUGGUCCUUGAAGCGCGCAUCCAGCCUCGCGAGCACCUUGGCCUCGACACGUCUCGACCUUUUGGUGCCGGCGGAUACUCGUCGGAUGUCUGGGUGGACACCAUUGACGACAUUGCACGCCUCUGCCCGAACCUGGAACAGCUCGGCAUGGGCUUCCCCUGGAGCGACGAGAUGGUGAGGCUGCGCAAAACCUCGCUCCCGGCCCUUGCGGGCCUCAAGACCAUGCACGUGCGUAACUUUCCCGAGAACCGCCUCCACUCCCAGGUCGGCGACUACACCAUCAAAGAGUACGCGACCAAGUUCAUCGAAUGGGCCUUUCCGCAAAUCUCUGUCCACUGUAAGCCAAGUCUCGAGCACCUCGCGAUCGGUCCCACGAUACACGAGAGUCGUUGGAAGAUGGGUUUCGGCGGUGGCGGCGAUGGUGUCGGCGUCAGGUCUCUUCCUCAAAAAAUUCCCGAGUUCCUGAGAACUCAUCACUUCUGUCUGGACUGGGCGCAGACGCGAUUCGGACGCUGGAGUCCACUGAUCACUCCGGUAAGCGAGAAAUUCAUGGAAGAAACGACAGGGGAGAAACCUCUCAAGGGUGUAUUUGAGCCGGUGUGGUUGAAAUAA